CUUCCCAUUUCCCGCCAAAAAUAUAGCAAAGAACACUUUAGAGAGAGAAAGGGAGAGAGAGAGAUCGGAGAAGCAAUGGAUAUGGAGUUUCCAGAUGCAGCAGAGCUCGAAUGGCUCGAAGCCAACGCUACUUAUCCUGAUGAAGAAGAAGAUGACCUCGAGUUUGAAGACGAUUUUCUUCAACAACCUCCAUCACCACCCGGAUCCGAACAAAUUGCAUCUCAACCCGACCCGAAACCAACUCUCUCACUUCCCCUGAAACCUUCACUACCGAAGCCCCAACUUCCGAUCAACAGUAGGAAACGAUUCCUGCCCGAUGAUCCGGAGUUGUCGUCGGAUGAUAGAAAUGCAGUAGUCAUCACUGAGGAGAAGAGGAGUAGAGUUGAGGAUAAUGAUGAGGAUUGGCUUAGGUAUUCGCCUCCCAAGCAGCCUGAGGAGGAGGAACCUAUGGUGGUUGAGCAGGAACUGGAACUGGAACAGGAACCGGAAGAGAAGAUUUUAGCUAAGUAUGCUUUGGAGAUUGAUGGGGAUUGUACACCGGUGACUGGUUUGGACGGUGAGAGGGUUUAUGCUAAGAUAUGCAGAGUUGAAGAUGAAAGGGUUAAGAAGCUAGAGGUUAAGGGAUAUUCUACUGGUCUUAUUCAGGAACCUGUCAGGGCCCUAAUGCAAAGAGUGGAACACGACCAAUUCACAAAGGCCCUGGAAGCUAGUUCUGAAGAUCUAAGUGAAGCAAAUCUUCCAAUAGGAGCUGUGGUGAAUGAGAAACUUUGGGUGGAUAAAUAUGCCCCUAGUUCGUUUACAGAGCUCCUCAGUGAUGAGCAAACAAAUCGUCAGGUACUAAUGUGGUUGAAGCAAUGGGAUUCCUGUGUUUUUGGAGUUGAAAUUAAGAGUACCACAGAUGACGUCUUGUCUUCUCUAAAACGGCAUUCAUUGGCUGUCCAACAUCCAAGACGUUCUUCCAAGAGUUCUUUUGGAAAUAGCAGAGGACCCAGAAUAGACAAUGAGAAAGCUCAUAAUGAUUUGCAUCCAGAGAAUAGUGAUUCGGAGAGAAUUAAGGACCUAUGGGACAAGAAGCACAGAAAAAGUGGUCCUCCAGAACAGAAGAUUCUUUUGCUUUGCGGUCCUCCUGGGCUUGGGAAAACAACACUUGCACAUGUUGCUGCUCAGCAUUGUGGGUAUCGAGUGGUUGAGAUUAAUGCAAGUGAUGAUCGAUCAUCCGCCAGUAUUGAAGCUAAAAUACAUGAUGUGGUUCAAAUGAACUCUGUAAAUGCUGAUUCAAAGCCCAAAUGUUUGGUUAUUGAUGAAAUAGAUGGGGCUCUUAAUGAUGGAAAGGGAGCUGUUGAGGUCAUCCUCAAAUUGGUUUCUGCUGAAAGAAAAUUGCGUGCAGGCAAAGAAAAUGAACCUGAGGGAGGAAAUGCUGGGCAGAAGUCAUCUAAAAAGAGGCAUCAAAAAACAUCUUUGCUAAGACCUGUUAUUUGCAUAUGUAAUGACCUUUAUGCUCCUGCCUUAAGGCCUUUGCGUCAGGUAGCAAAGGUUCAUAUAUUCGUCCAACCAACUGUAAGUCGGGUUGUUAACAGGCUCAAAUACAUAUGUAACAGAGAAAGAGUGAAGACAAGUUCCAUCGCUCUUACUGCUCUAGCAGAGUAUACUGACUGUGACAUAAGAUCGUGCCUGAACACCAUUCAGUUUCUUAAUAAGAAGAAAGAGACUCUUAAUGUGCUGGAGCUCAGUUCUCAAGUUGUUGGACGGAAGGAUGCAACAAGAAGUGCUUUUGAUAUUUGGAAAGAAAUUUUGCAAAAGAGGAAAGUAAAGCAGACAAAGAAAUCCUUUAAUUGCUUCAGCAGUGUGUCCAAUGACUUUGAGACACUGCACUCUCUAAUAUCUCAUCGGGGUGACUAUGACUUAAUUUUUGAUGGGAUCCAUGAGAACAUUUUGCACCUCCAUUAUACGGACCCUGUGAUGCAAAAGACAGUCCAAUGCUCAGAUAUUCUUGGUUACUCAGAUAUAUUUCAUCAAUACACCAUGCGCACUCAACAUCUCUCCCUUCAAGUUUAUCAGUCUCCUCUUGCAAUGUCUAUACAUGGUCUUGUAGCUCAAAUAGGAAAACCAAAUAUUGAAUGGCCCAAGUCUUUCCAAAGAUAUCGAACAAUGUCAAUAGAAAAGAAGGAAAUCUUACACUCAUGGAAGAACAAGAUACCACCUUCCAUCUCUAGGCAUCUGUCAACUAAAUCCUUUGUGGAAGACUUGAUUUCUCCAUUCCUACAUAUUCUGUCCCCAUCAACACUGAAACCGGUAGCUUUGCAUUUACUCUCAGAGAAAGAAAAAGCUGAUCUGGCUCAGUUAGUAAAUACAAUGGUGUCCUAUGCCACGACAUACAAGAACAUAAAAUCUGAUCCUUCUCUGGUUAUGCAUCAUGGUGCUUCAGAUGCAUCAAUGCUUUCAUUGGAUCCCCCAAUUGGUGAAUUUAUAAACUUCAAGGGUUAUGAUUCCUGUCAUAUUGUUCUGGCAUCGGCUGUGAAAGUUUUCUUGGUACAUGAGGCGGAAAGGCAAAAAAUUUUGCAAGGAAGUAGCAACCUUCACUCACCACCCACAGGUGCAGAAAGCCAGGACGUUUUGAGGUGUGAGAAUAGCAGUACUAUGUCUAAAGCAUCAGCGUCGUCAGAUAAAACAAUACAUUUCAGAGAUCCCUCUAGACAAAAGCAAUAUGACUUGCCUAGCGCUUCUAGUCAGAAUAAAAGAUCUGCUGGAGGUACCACAGCUAGCGGGAAAGUGGGGUUGCCUGAAAGAAAGAAGAAACCGUUUGUCGAUUCUCGUUCCUUUUUUGACAGGUUUAGGAAGCCAAGUGACAAAACCCCUCAAGAUAACGACCAUGCUAAACUCAAGCAAAAAUUGGAGGAGAGGGAUUCACGUCCAUUGUUGUUCAAAUUUAACGAGGGUUACACCAAUGCAGUCAAGAGACCAGUAAGAAUUCGCGAAUUUCUGAAGUAAUAUAUUAUACAAGUCUUGUAUUUUUUUGAUUUUUUUUUCAAAAUAGCAGUUUCAAUGUAGAUUAAUAUGCUUCUAAGGUUGAAGGAAACAGAACUACCACCAUGUAUUUCAUGCCAAAAAUAAUUUAUGUUAAUGCAUUAAAGCCUGUACAUUAUCAAUAUCAUUUA